AUGUCCGUCACCGCCGAGGCGCAAGCCACCAUUAAAUCCACCAUCGAUGCCGUAACGUCCAAGAGCUCUAUCCCGGGCAUAGUCUUCGUCGCCGUCGACAAGAAUGGCGACGUCGUCGCUUCGCAUUGCUCUGGGAAGACGGGCGCAACAACCUCCUCUACGCCCAUGUCGCUGGACACGGUCUUCUGGAUCGCUAGCUGUACAAAGAUCAUCACAGGCAUCGCAUGCAUGCAAUUGGUGGAACAGGGCAAGCUCAACCUCGAGGACUCGGCCGCUCUGUAUAAGAUCCUCCCGGAGCUGAAAGACAAGCAAGUCCUCCAAGACGACGGCGUCACCCUCGUGCCCAAGAAGAAGGAAAUCACCUUGCGCAUGCUGCUCGACCACACGGCCGGCUUCGGUUACACGUUCUUCAACCCUAAGCUCAGGGACUGGGGCCGGCCGUUGGGUUUCGACGAGUUCUCGGGCGAUGCGAGAGACGUCUUAGAUGCGCCGCUGGUCAACCAGCCCGGCGAGAAGUUCGAAUACGGCACAAACAUCGACUGGGCGGGUCUCGCGGUCGAGCGCGUCUCCGGCCUCGGCCUGAACGACUACUUCCACAAGCACAUCUUCGAGCCGCUCGGCAUCAAGAACGUCAGCAUGUUCCCGACCGCCGAGAUGCUGAAGAACCUCGCGUACUUCCACUUCAAGCACCACGAUAGCUCCGUCACCGAGCAGGACCACGUGCUGCGCCGCAGCCUGAUGGCCAGGACGCCUGAGGAGCAGGCGCGCAUCUUCAAUUCCGGCGGCGCUGGCAUCUUCGCUAGGCCGGUUGAGUACUGCCAGAUCCUCGCCACCCUCCUCAACAACGGCACCUCGCCCAAAACCGGCGCCACCAUCCUCUCCCCGCGCACUGUCGACGCCAUGUUCACCAACAGCCUCCCCGAUUCCUGGCCCGACUUCGCCCGCGCCGGCAUCCCCGACGCCAAGCCACACCAGACAAACCCCAUCCCCGAGCUGUACCAGCAGCCGGGCAACCCGCCGCAAGGCUGGGGACUGACGUUCCUGCUGACGAACCUGGACGGCAAGGGCGCCGAGUCAGGCAUGUGGAGGGGCAGGAAUACCGGGCAUUGGGCUGGCAUUGCGAAUCUGUUUUACUGGGUUGAUAGGGAGAAGGGGCUCGCCGGCAUGAUUGCGAGUCAGAUCAUGCCGUUUUGUGAUUUGGAUGUUAUUAUGCCGUGGGUGUUGUGUGAGAAGGCGGUGUAUGAGGGGCUGGGGAAGGCGUAG